CCAGCAACUACACACAUAUUCACCGGGAGCUGUGGGCAUCACAGUAGGAACAGAUAGAUUAAAUAGCAAUAACACUGAGGCUUUUGUGUGGCUUUAGUGAGGCUCCCGUGCUGAAUGCUUCCUUUUAUAUCAUAGGACAGUGAUGAGAAAGUGUUCAAUGAAAAAGGGUAAAGGUCAAAGGAAAGUUCAAGUUAGAAAACGAAGUGAAGACGUCCUGGAGGAACAAGUGAAGAGUCGCCGACAGAUGGAGGAUACGAGUUGAAUGCAUUCCAUAAUAAUCCGUAAACAUGGCUACAGUAUUAGAAUUAGACGGGAUUUCUCUUAAUGAGAAGACGUUACAGGACAUCAUAACGAGAACAAAACAUUAUGCCUUGCUGCACGGUGUACUUAUUCGCUCAACGGAAUCGCCCGGAGAUUCAGAGAGAGUCCAUUAUGCUCCGAUUGCUCUUUUUCCGUCUUUGGUUCCCCGUGAUGCUCUUGCUAAGGCCACGGCGACGCAGCUACAUUUUAAUAAGAUGAUGCAUAUGGUUUCAUACGACCUAGAAUUUCUACAAAAAUGUCUUUGCAAUUUAAUCAAAGUCGAUGACUUUAAUAAGAGCUUAUGGGACAUCGUACAAGUAGUGAAUGAGGAAGGUAUUACGCAGCCUAUUCAUCUUGGAAUGUUCCGUAAUGACUACAUGAUGAAUAUGAAAAACGUGACCUCUGUUGACCCCAGUGUUGACCAUGCGCAUUCAGACUCAAUACUGGAUGGUUUACAAAUGAAGCAGGUUGAAUUCAACACAAUAGCUUCCGGUUCUGCCGGUCUCAUUUCAAACGUGGAUAAAGUCCAAAGAUUUUCUCUGACACUGGCUGGGAAACAGUUUAAUGAUUUGCAGAUACCCCCAAACAAUCCUGCUCAUGGAAUGGCACGGGGAUUGGUUGAAGCAUGGAAGGCGUACGGAAACAAAAGUGCAUGCGUGUUGUUUGUAGUAUUAGAGCCGGAACUGAACACGCUUGAUCAGCGACGGUUAGAUUUGGAAAUAUUUAUAUGUGACAGAAGUGUCCCGUUGAAAUAUGUCACCUUUAAAGAUAUGACAAAUCGAGGAAGUAUCCGGAUCAAGGAUAAGGCACUGAUCAUAGAUGGCUAUGAAGUUGCUGUUGUGUAUUACCGAACGGGGUAUUCUCCGAAGCACUACAGAUCUGAAAGGGAUUGGGAUACUCGGUUGAUGAUCGAGCGGUCAAAAGCAAUCAAGUGCCCGAGCGUCCAAUGUCAGUUAGCAGGGACAAAGAAGGUCCAACAGGAGCUUUGUCGUCCUGGAGCCGUGGAGAGGUUUAUUAAGGACCCUGAGUUGGCACGAGACAUCAGAGAAACAUUCGUCAAUCAGUUCAGUCUAGAUAUGGGCGAGGAUGGAGAUGAGGCUAUGGAGAUUGUUUUUGCCAAUCCUCAGAGCUACGUCCUGAAAUCUAGCAGAGAGGGUGGAGGUAACAAUACCUACGGUGCUGAUAUCAAGUCUUUACUGACUAAAAUCAGGGACUCUGAGGAACGGGCGAGAUAUAUUUUGAUGGAGCGUAUCUUUCCUUGGCCACAGUCUACUUAUUUUCUUAAAUCCGGAGCUGACGUCCGUCUCCAAAAUGUCGUCACUGAAAUUGGUAUCUUUGGUGUUUAUAUGGGAACUGAAGACACAGAGAUGUACAACAGCGUCCCAGGACACGUGUUACGGACGAAGACUGUGGACUCGGACGAGGGUGGACUGAUGGUUGGGUUGUCGUAUUUGGACUCGCCAUUCCUUAUAGACUUGUGAAAGUCAUAUAUUAAUUUAUGCGGAUGAACUUUAUAAAAAUAGACACUCGAAGCCGAUAAAUGCUUAAAGAUGGAAUUAAUCUACAAGGUGUAACGUCCAUUUGUCAGUUAUGACAAUGUUCAAACAAAGCCAUUGGAAUACAUAGAUUUAUGGUGCUUUUCAGUGUAUGCUUGCCUGUUAGAACAUUAGUAAUCCUAAUAGAUUAUAUUUACAUGUGUUCACGUACACAUAUCAAUUGUAUUAUUCAUUUGUUUUCUAAGUAGCAAAUGUAUAUAUACAUACAUACAUGUAUAUAUAAAUCUGGUUAUGAUAGAAAUUCAAAUAGCAACAGGAUCUUUGUCCAAAUACAUAUAUGUAAUCACAUUUGUAUAUAUAUAACAUUUGUAAAUUAUUAAUUGCAAUAUGAUGAAAGACAAAACCAUUCCUCUUAAGAUAAACCUGCUAUUUCUUUCCUUAUUUGACAAAGAGACUGUAUCGUUUGCUAAAAGGAUAUUAAGGAAAGUGAAAUUGACAGAGUGUAUACUCUCCUCAUAAAUCACGAUCCUGUGAAAAUCCACUUUUAAUGAGGGACUUUUUUCUCGUAGACAUUAUUAGGCCGCUGUAUCAGCCAGUGAAAAGCGGGGUUACAAACUGUGACGUCAUUUUUAACGUUAUUGGUUGAUAACACCAUCUUUUAAGCAAAUGAAAAUACUUGUUACAAGAUUAAAUUAUACGCUAAACCCCAAACGCGCAACUAACAAUUGGUUUGGUUUAGUUUUAUUUGUUUAACGUCCCGUGUUUGCGAUAGCCAGAGAAGCAGGAGACAACAAUAUGCUGUUCUUGCCCACACUUUGUUUACUAAUCUCCCAACAUAAAGAGUUCCAAAUCGAACACAUCAAUAGCUAAAAUUUGUAACUUGUAUGUAUUUCCAUUACGCUAUUUAUCAUUACUACGGGUAACGCAUGUGGAUAGUGGUAAGUAUGAAUUUAUAUUACUGUAGCUGUUUUGAGGACGUAUCAUCCAUCUCCUUUGAAGGCAGUUCAUAUCAAAAACGAGGUAAAAUGUAAACUUUAUUUAAUUUAUAGAAAUUGUGAAACAAAUUGUAUCAACUUUUAUAAAUCACGCUUGUUGGCCGGAUGAAAGCGCGCCUCGACGGGUCUAAUGAGCGAGGUAACCGGAAUAUCCUAGGAGAACCCGCGUGGUCGAGUAGGUGCCCAAACCUAUUAACUUCCGAUCGGGGAAUCGAACCCCGGACAGCUAGGUGAAAGGCAAGUGUGUAAAUACUGUGCCACCCGUCCACCCUAUCACUCGACCGCGAAAUAAAUUAAUGCGUUAGAAUUUAACGUAUUCAACAUAACAUUUUAACGAGUUAAAACGCGUUAAAAAUAGUUUUAAUCAAAGUGUUUAAUACUAACGAGAUAAAUGUUAACGUGUUGAAUAAUAAUAAUAAUAAAAUGUUAACGUGAUAAAUAACUGCAUAAGUUUAAUGCGCUAAAAGUCGUCGAUAUUUCAACGCAUUAAAAUUACUCCAUUAACGGACCAAUCCAAUGUGUUGUUGCAUUCCGCUUAGUAUUCAGCUAGAAUUUUAAAGUCUAUAUUUAACGCGUUAAAUGACUUUAAUGCAUAGACUAUCAACGUUUUGAACUUAUUUCGUUUUUUGACAUGACCGGCCUUUCAUACUCUCCCUCCCUCCCUAAUAAAUCCAUGAAGUGCUGUAUACAGAUGCAUAAAAAUUAUUAUUGGAGAAAGUCAUGUAUGUUUAAACUUUCUAUAUGUUUACAACACCAGGGAACUGUGUCAACUUGGUAUUUUUUCAGCUGACAAAGUGAAAAUAUGCUGUAAUCCCUAGUUCGCCACUCUCGAAAGUAUGCAAAUUCUAUUGUGUUUUGAGAUGUGUAUUGUACUAUCGUAUGCUCUGUAAUGUUCGUGUACUGAUUGGCCAUAAUGACAAUAAACAAACUGAACUGUAUCAAACGGUAUCGUCUGAAAACAUGAUACCCAGCAUACGGUAGAUAUUCACUGGUGCUUUUACUACAGCAACGCACAAUACGUUUUAUAUGAAAAAAUACACUAUUUUAUAGUAUGUUUAUAAAGGUUGUAUCAAAACAAAGUUUGACAUUUCACCACCAUCUAUUUUUUGUAAGAGAACCUGAGUUUUACACUUUAAUUUUUUUCUAAAUGCCUAAUUACCUCCCGUGUGAUCAGUGUGGUAGCAACCAGCUACUACUACAUAGAGACACCACACAAUCCCGGUAAUAUAGUACGUUGUGCCGUUAUUGUUUUACAUAUAAUUGAAAAUAAAAUUUAAACAAUGAA